AUGUACAGUGGCCCUCUGGGGGCGCGGCUGCCUACAAUGCAGCGGUUUGCAGACAGCUUGGCACUGAAGCUACGAGAGGAGGCCGCUCCACCUGCGCCAGCGGCGCAGGUCGCGGAGCGGAGAGCCGACGAGCGUUCGUCGGUGGCUCCUUGGGGGCAGUUCCGCGAUGUCAUCAGAGAGGAGAUGUCUGCUGCCUUCUCUGCGAUGCAAGACACUGCCGCUAGACCGAUGCAGUUCAUCAUCAACAACAAUGCUCAGGCGAAGGUGGAGCAGCACACGGUGACUCCUCAUCCUGCGCCACCAAGCCCGCCCCCACCCCCUCGAGAGCCGGCGACGUUCCUGGAGGGUGUUUUCCAGUUCUUCGCGUCGCCUUGGAAUCGUCUCUGCAUCUUCAGUGCCGUGGGAAUUGG